AGUGAGGAAGCUGAGACCUCAUGUUGCAGCCUGCAGUGAAUGGAGAGCUGCGCUCCAGUCGAUACUGAUUGCAGCCAGAAGAUACAGGAAAGCAAUGUGCCCCACUUGCUACGCGGAUCAAACAGAGAAUGGAGGAGAAACAGCUAAGGCACUUCCUAACCCUGCAGGCUCACAGACAAAAACCAGACCAGAUAAAUCUCACUUCUGGCUUUGCCGUAUCCUCUGGAAAUAUUAUAGGCUAGUCAAAGUCCUGUUUAUAGUUUUUCUCAUUAUUGCUGUUAUUGUUUUGGCAGUGGUUAGCAGUAGGCCCUGCCCAAAUCAUGCCCCUACCACAUGUCCAGUCGAUUGGAUCGGGUCCCAAGGGAGAACAUACCCAUGGAAAUGCUACUACUUCUCACAGGUCGAUGGGGAUUGGAACUCCAGCCAGAACAACUGCUCUUCGCUCGGUGCCUCCCUGGCUACAGUUGACACACGGGAGGAAAAGGAUUUUAUGUUGCACUAUAAGGGACUCUUAGAAACCUGGAUUGGCCUUACCAGGGAAGAAGCAGACAAGCAGACCUGGAAAUGGGUAAAUGGCACCCCUUUCAACAACCUGUUUCCAAUAAGGGGAGGAGGUGAAUGCGCGUAUCUGAAUAACGAACAAGGUAUCAGCAGCUCAAGAUGCAGCACAGGGAGACGCUGGGUCUGCAGCAGGCCAGCCUGAUGCACAAAACCAAGGCAAAAGACAGUGCAAGCCCUUCUGAAUGAGGGAGAGUGAUGAAAACCACUGUCGAUAGGUUUUACUCUCACAUUAUUCGUCACUUUGCUUUCUGAACUGGAGAUGUCAACCACUGUCGACCCACUUGAGUUUCGAUGGAAAAUUGGGUUGGGAAAUUUUUGAUAUUUUGUUAAAAAACAAACACCUGAAAAUCAAAAUAUUUUGAUUUGGGAAUGCCAUCAUGGUGCAUCAUGGGAGUUGUAGUUUUGUUUUCUCAUGCCCCCAAUCUCUUCUGUGGACCAAGCACCCAACCUGGACUACAUCUCCUAUGAUGCAUCGUGGACAGAGGGGAGACGGGUGCAUCAUGGGAGAUGCAGUUCCCCUGGAUGUAUAGGUUCUGAGGCCAAAAGGGACCACUGUGAUCAUCUUGUCUGACCUCCUGGCUAACACAGGCCAGAGAACUGCCCCAAAAUCAGUCCUAGAGUAGAUCUUUUAGAAAUACAUCCAAUUUUGAUUUAAAAAUGGUCAGUUAUGGAGAAUCCGUCACAACCCUUGGAAAUUAUUCCAAUGGGUCGUUAACGUCACCAUUACAAAUUACACCUUAUUUCCAGUCUGAAUUUGUCUAGCUUCAACUUCCAGCCAUUGGAUCAUGUUCUACCUUUCUCUGCUAGAUUGAAGAUCAAUUAUUAAAUAUUUGUUCGCCAUGUAGACACUUAUAGCCUAUAAUCAAGUCACCCCUUCACCUUCUCUUUGUUAAGCUAAAUCAUUUGAGCUCUUUAAGUCUAUCACUAUGAGGCAAGUUUUCUAAUCCUUUAAUCAAUCUCGUGGCUUUUCUCUGAUCCCUCUCCAAUUUAUAAACAUCCUUCUUGAAUUAUGGGUACCAGAAUUGGACACAGGAUUCUAAUAAGAGUCACAGCUGUGCCAAAUAUAGAGGUAAAAUAACCUCUCUGCUCCUAGUUGAAAUUCCACUAUUUAUGCAUCCCAGGAUCAUGUCAGCUCUUUUGAGCCACAGUGUCACACUGGGAGCUCAUGUUCUGCUGAUUA